AAUGAUGAUAAGCAUGGCAGUAAUAACAGGUUCAACCAUCUUACAGACAUGUACCGGUGUGUUUAUGAAAAAUCACUUGGUAACAAUCCAAGGGGCUCAAAAAGGGUAACAGAAGAUAUGUAUAACGUGGAUAGACUAUCCCGCUCUGGAGUGAAGUUCAACAAAGUGGAGGGUGAAUACUCAAUAGCUGUUUCGUUUAACAAAGGUGUUUUAAGUAUGCCAUGUUUCCCUGCGGAUGAGUCUUCUGAUGUCAUUCUAAGAAAUGUCAUUGCAUAUGAGCAGUGCCAUGAUCCGAGAAAUGCCUUUACUUCUGAGUACAUAGAUCUUAUGAAUUUCCUCGUUACCACCAACAAAGAUGUUGAGAUACUCACUACUUCAGGGGCUAUAUCUAAUGAUAUUGGGCGACCAAGCUUGGUGGUGGAAAUGAUAAACAAGUUAGGCGAAGGGGUGUUGACACCAAUAGACACCGUUUAUCACGACACAGUCAGGGAACUCAACACUCAUUGCAACUCUUGUGGAAAUAAUUGUUGUGCCACUCUCAAGAGAGUCUACUUCAGCGACUUGUGGACUGGAACAGCUACAGCAGUAGCCGGAUUGCUCUUGCUUUUGACUUUGGCUGCUACUAUAGCUUCUAUAUAUCAAGCUGUCAAGGCCAAAUAAUUACAUGGUUGUUUAUCUUAAAACUUGUUUCCAACUACUUUUUUGUAUUUGCCAAAUAAUUUGGUGGUGAUAUUGUUCAUUUCGGUCGAUAUUGAGUUUGGGUUUCUGAUUGUAUCUAUAUAUCUAUCUAUAUGAUUAUUCUAAUUCGUGAUUAUACGUAACUAAACUUAUGAGUCUAUU